UCCCCCGUUGGUUGUGGAGGGAUGAUUGACGUGGUUUAUGACCUUGGGCAAGCUUCCUGCCAAGAAACCUGACUAAUAAGCAUUUCGGUCAUGUGGCACAGGGGUCUUUUAACUUGCGCAAGCUGAACAGUGGAGUAGAAUGGAACUAUUUCCCACAUAGGCAAGAUGAGGCCUGUGACAUGCCACAGCGGGGAUUCUACACAUUUGAACAAGGGACGGAGGGAGAUUAUGAUACCCAAAUUUUCAAAAUUUCAGUGCUACAUUGAUCAUGGAGGGGAAGAUUUUAUGUGUUUUAUAAGCUUUAAUAAACCUACCAUCAAGCCUAGCUUAAGCAUUUUAGGCCUGCGGGUUUGGCCUGGAGUGUUACAGUUUUGACUUUAGAAAUGCUAGAGGGGAUUGUUGAUUUCUUACCAUUGUGAAUGUAGUGAAAGGUUCACCUUGUGUUGUUUUUAUUAUUUGAUUGAUUAUUUUAACCACACUAUUUUUUUAAUAAGAAUUUUCUUGUAGAUUGGCUCGAAGCAAUGGCGAUAUUACGACUUUGGUCCAAAAAUGGUGCCUCCUCUUAUCUGCCUUCCUGGCACAGCAGGAACAGCAGAUGUUUACUAUAAACAGAUCAUGGCAUUGUCCAUGAAGGGUUACAGGGUGAUUUCUGUUGACAUUCCACGUGUAUGGAAUCAUCAUGAGUGGAUUCAAGCAUUUGAAAAGUUUUUGGAUGCUAUCGACGUUCACCAUGUCCAUCUUUAUGGUACAUCCCUUGGAGGUUUCUUGGCACAAAUUUUUGCUCAGUAUCGUCCAAGACGAGUUAGGUCACUGAUACUAUCAAAUUCAUUUCUGGAUACUCACAGUUUCUCAGCUUCAAUGCCUUGGGCUCCUGUCAUUACUUGGACCCCUUCUUUCUUGCUGAAGAGAUAUGUGUUAACGGGGAUUCGUGAUGGUCCCCAUGAACCAUUUAUUGCAGAUUCUGUCGAUUUUGUUGUUUCCCAGGUUGAGACACUCUCGAGAGAGGACUUGGCCUCCAGGUUGACUUUAACUGUUGACGCUGCUUCAGUUGGACCUCUUCUGCUUUCAGAUUCUUUGAUCACUCUAAUGGAUACAAAUGAUUAUUGUGCAAUUCCUCAGCAACUCAAAGAUCAACUGAGUGAAAGGUAUCCUGGAGCAAGGCGGGCAUACUUGAAGACUGGGGGUGAUUUUCCAUUUCUUUCUCGCCCAGAUGAAGUCAACCUACAUCUUCAGCUGCACCUGAGAAGAGUUGGUGUUGAAGCUCAACCUGAUUUGGUUCAGGGCAUCUCAAAGGAUGGUACCGAUGGGAGUCCUAAUGAAGAAAGGAAUGGUGGCAGAGAAGGUGCUGAUGAUCAACCAAAGGAUGCAGGGGAGAGCUCUGAAAGCCCACCUAGUGAAACUCAGUUAACCCCUGCUCCAGAAAGUACAGAAUCUCAGGAUAUAGAUGACCGCCUCAGCAAUGCAAAAGUUUUGUUCCUUGGCCGUGAAUAUUUGAUGCUUCUCUCAUAUCAUGCAUUGUUUGAGAAUGAGCUGUGCAUUACCGCCACUGAAAUGUUUCAGAAAGUCAUGAGAGAGCUUUCUUUAACUCCUUACUUUCUUUUUCUUUCCUUGGUUAUAUUGUAUAUUUCUAGGAAGCAUGUCCAGGAAUUUAGGCAAUUUGUGUAAAUGGGACACUUGGAAAUUGUUGUUUGUGCUACUUCACAUACAAGCAAUAGUCUGUUCAGAGAUUUU